CUUACACAGCAGGAAUUGAAAAGCUCUUUCUCCAUGCAAGCAAAAAUGCCUCCUUGUGACUUUUCACCUGAAGAAUAUGAGUCCUAUUCCUAUGAGCGUAUGCUGAAGAUCCGCAAACAGAAUCUGUCUCCAUCACUGAAAAUGUACUACAAGAAACCACUGCUGCUACAUCAGGGACAUAUGCAGUGGCUGUUUGAUUAUGAGGGACGAAGGUACCUUGAUCUCUUUGCUGGAAUUGUUACUGUCAGUGUUGGUCACUGUCACCCGACGGUAACUGCAGCUGCCCAAAAACAGCUUGGUCGUCUGUGGCAUACAACCAACGUCUACAUGCAUCCAUCAAUCCAGGAAUAUGUGGAAAAACUAACAGCACUUCUCCCUGAUCCACUUAAGGUACCUAAAUCCCAGCAGGAUGGAUGCCUGUUAAUUAAAAUAAUUUUAUUUCAAUAG